AUGCUUCUGUCCUGCACUCUGACUGCGUUCGCCGCCGCCUCGCCACGCGCCCCACCGCUCCUGCGAGGUCUUCUUCGCGGCACGCCACUCGCCUCUCCAUCAGAGCGCAACGGCGAGGACGCAGACUACCCUUGGCUGUUCCGCGGUCGGCUCUGGUUCCGUCCAGCGGUUGUGCGGUCCCCGCCGGCGGGCGCGCUGCCCGACGGCGUGCGCGCCCUCUCUCUCUUUGGCUGGAGCAUCGGCGGCGUCGUCGCGCUGGAGUACGACGAGUCUCCCGUCGGGCCGUACCUCGAGUACGUGAGCAUGGGCGCGCUCGUCUCCAAGCGGGGCACAGUGGGGCAGUGGGGCUCGCGGCUGUACGUGUCGAACGCCGAGGCGGAGCGGGCGUGCGUUCGCGUCUGGGGUGUCCCCGCCACCGCGGCUGCCAUUGAGUUUGAGGAGGGCGGCGGCGCGCUGUGCGUCGAGCGGCCUCCCGAGUCUGCCGCUGCUCCGCAGAUUGAGGUGAGCGGCUGGUCGAGCGCGCGCAGCGCGGCGGAGGGUGCGCCGGCUCGCGGCGGCCUGCCCGUCCUGUGGACGCCGACGCUGAAGGCGCUGUGGGCGCCGCUCGUCCCGCUGCCUGCGCGCGCUGGAGCCGAAGAGCUCCCGCUACACCGGCUGCGCCUCUCCGCUGCGAGCCUGAAGCUGCAGCUGUGCGGGCAGGCGCCGAGCGAGGCGCUCGGGCUGCCGCUCCCGCUCGGCCUCUCGGUGGACAACGUGCUCAUCGAGAUCUCGGAGCCGCUGGCGGAGGGGCUGUGA